AUGUCAAGAAGGGCAAACGAUAAUCAGUUUGGUAGAACUGCCGGUGGUACUAACAACGGCAGUUUCGAUUCCGAUUAUAAUGAUAACUACAGAGCGCAAGAUCCUGGAUCGAGUAAUCCAUUUCUGGACGAAUCAGAACUGAAUGGACUGUUCAACAGUGGAAAGAACUCUGCUACGUCACUCCUUCAUCAAGAUUCUACUUCAGAUUCAGUCCCAUCAAGUGGUUACAAUAAUAGUAAUCCUAGCGCCCAGCUGCUGCAUCCAAGCAACAACAAUACUAAUAGCAACAAGAAUUUAAACAACCAACCUGUUUCUGAUUACAAAGGUUAUUACGCCAGAAAUAAUAAUAACAACAGCAGCAAUAGCGGUAAUAUACAGGGAAGGUCACCCAAUGGGGCUGGACUGAGGGUCCCCAGUACUAUUAGCCAGCAACAACCAAAUCACGGAUUUCCCUCAAGUACAUCAAUGGCCUCAAAUCUUAUCGCAACCUCCGAUAUCAUGUCCCCCCCAGCAUUUGACAGAUAUCCUCAAGUAGGGAAUUCACGUACCGUAUCUAUGCAUGCUGGAGGAACGCCAUUACAAGGCUCAUCUUCAGGGAAUAACUCUAACUCUUCCAUCAAUUCAUCAAAUCCCUUUUUAUCGGACCAGGACUUCUCUCCAUUUGGUGGAUAUCCAGCAUCAUCUUUCCCCUUGAAAAUGGAUGAAAAGGAAGACGAUGAUUAUUUACAUAACCCAGAUUUGGAAGAAGAUCUGAGACUCGAUAAAAAAAGAUUUGAAUUAGAUUUGAAAAAUAUGGAUAAAAGGUCUGCAGGUGGAUUAAUCGGUAUAUUAUUAUUAUUUUUGGGUGCCAUUGCUGUCUUUAUCAUUCUACCCGUUGUUACAUUUACUGGAGCAGGUCGUCAUGGUAGUGCAGAAGUUACCGAGCUUUUGACUUUAUAUGAAUACCCGCAACUAUCAGCUAUAAGAACAAGUCUUGUAGACCCUGACACGCCAUCUUCUGCCAAGACAGUAAAAUCUUUAAGUGGCGAUACAUGGGAACUAGUAUUCUCCGAUGAGUUCAACGCGGAAGGAAGAACGUUCUUUGAUAAUGAAGAUCAGUUCUGGACUGCUCCAAAUUUCCAUUACGAUGCCACCAAGGAUUUAGAAUGGUAUUCUCCCCAACAGGUAAUCACUUCUGAAGGUACUUUGAAAUUAAGAAUGGAUGCAUACAAGAACAACGAUCUUUACUACAGGUCGGGGAUGCUUCAAUCUUGGAAUAAACUAUGUUUCACUCAAGGACGACUAGAAAUCAGCGUAAAUCUUCCAAACUACGGUACAAUAUCUGGUCUAUGGCCUGGUGCUUGGACAUUGGGUAAUUUAGGUAGGCCAGGCUAUCAGGCCACUACUGAAGGUGUUUGGCCUUAUUCAUAUGAAGCGUGCGAUGCUGGUAUAACACCAAAUCAAUCUUCUCCAGAUGGUAUUUCUUACUUGCCAGGACAAAAACUUUCUGCAUGUACAUGUGAUGGUGAAGAUCAUCCUAACCUUGGGGUUGGUAGAGGUGCGCCUGAAAUUGAUAUUAUCGAAAUCGAAACAGACACUUCACUUCAUGGCACUGGUGUUGGUGUUGCAUCACAAUCAUAUCAAGUUGCUCCAUUUGAUAUUUGGUACAUUCCAGAUUAUGACUUCGUUGAGAUUUACAACGAAAGUAUAACAUCAAUGAACACGUACUGCGGUGGUCCAUUCCAACAAGCAGUCUCUGCUGUCUCAACAUUGAAUGCCUCCUGGUAUGAAUUUGGACAGACUGCAGGACAUUAUCAGAAGUAUGCUAUUGAAUAUUUGCAUGAUAAUGAUGAUGGAUAUAUUCGUUGGCAUGUGGGUGAUAAUCCAACUUUCACCGUAUUUGCAACAGCCUUACAUCCUAAUGGUAACAUCGAUUGGAGACGUAUUUCAAAAGAACCUAUGUCGAUUAUCCUUAACUUGGGUAUCUCCAAUAAUUGGGCUUAUAUCGAUUGGCAAUCUAUAUAUUUCCCGGUUACCAUGUCAAUUGAUUACGUCAGACUAUACCAACCAAACGAUAGCAUAAGUGUCACUUGUGAUCCAUCAGACCAUCCAACAUAUGACUACAUCGUAGCACACGAAACUGCAUAUUAUAAUGUUAACUUGACUAGCUGGGAAGCUGCUGGAUACACUUACCCAAAGAAUGCUUUAACAGGAAAUUGUAAGAGUUCCAAAUUUUCAGGCUAG